CCCACAUCCAUACUCACGCGUUCACAUGUUGCAACGCUACUGCGAUCCGCGCUCUACCCCCACGGCAUCGCAACGAUCUAUUGCUGCUGGUGUGCCGGCAGAUAGCUCGAUUCUCACAAUGUCGGCGGCACAUCCCUGUCUCAAUCCUCCGUUCUGGUGACCACUCACGUUUUGCCCACCUGCUCGACUGCAUCCACACAGAUAGGUCGCAGAUGAGACGAUAGCACGCAAUAAUUUGGGCCUCUCGAAUCAUUUCGAAGCACUCUUAACGAGUGCCUGCAUAUAAGGACAUGCAUCGGAAGGUUGAUGAUACACGCCACAUAAUUAGGCUUCAUCAACAUCUUGAAUACGCACACGAUGGCUAUCACCAACGGAACUAAUGGUCCACAUGGGAACGCGGAAGAUGUGGACUUUAGGGAUCCGGCUGUUUACGCCGGGUAUGAGAAGCAAUGGUCGUCGAUUCCGGAAGAUGAAGUAGGUUGGCUCCAGCGUGCGCAAGAGGUUGCAGACGUUCUUGCCACUGAUGCCGUCGUGCGAGACCAAGAGAACAAAUCUCCGCGAGCGGAAGUAGCUCUGCUAAAGUACUCUGGGCUUCUCAAGAUCCUUGGUCCAAAGCAGUAUGGUGGUGGUGGUCAGCAAUGGAGUGUUGCCUACAAAGCAAUUCGGAAGGUAGCUGAAACAGAUGGUUCAAUCGGCAUGCUGCUCGGCUACCACCUCCUAUGGUCGACCACGGCGAACAUUGUCGGCUCACCUGAACAAGCCGACCGCUUCCAGAAGCUUAUAACCGAGAACAAUUAUUUCAUCGGAGGCGCUGUGAACCCCAGGGACAGCGACUUAUCGAUCAAAUCGGAUGGGGCCAACAUUGUGUUCAACGGGUUCAAGUUCUUCAAUACUGGCGGUGUUGUCUCUGACCUUACUGUUCUUGAGGGUGUCUAUGAAAGCACCGGCAACCAUAUCUUCGCUUUCGCAAAGACCAAUCAACCCGGUAUUCAAUUCGGACAUGAUUGGAACAAUAUCGGUCUCCGCUUGACCGAGUCUGGUAGCGUGAAGAUUUCCGAUGUGAGCGUGCCUUGGACGGAUGCGCUCGGUUGGAACGUAGAGACAAAAGAACCCGAUCCGCGCGCGCUGCAGAUACCCUUCGCCACGCUGCUACUCCCAACUAUCCAGCUUGUCUUCAGCAACUUUUAUCUCGGUAUCGCGUUAGGCGCACAACAAUAUGCAGCACGAUAUACGGUGAAGGGCACUCGGGCGUGGCCAUUUGGCGGUGAUAACAAAGAGAGGGCGACAGAUGAAUUCUAUAUCCUCGAACGCUAUGGAAACUUCCACGCUCACCUUCGUGCCGCGUCAGCCCUAGCAGACCGGGCGGGCCAAGAAGUUGACGCGAUCUUGGGCAAGUAUGCAGGUAACCUGGACACCCGUGGGAAGCUCACGGCCCGGGAGCGAGGCGAGCUGGCAGAGUGGGUGGCAAGUGUCAAAGUCGUCGCAACGGAUACUAGCCUACGGGUCACUUCUGGAGUAUUCGAAGUCACAGGCGCGAAGGCGACAAGCCAGAAAGUAGGCUUAGAUCGGUUCUGGAGGGACGUCAGGACGCACACGCUGCAUGAUCCAGUCGCGUACAAGAAUCGGGAGCUAGGAAGAUUUGAAUUGCUAGACGAAAUCCCUGAGGCUACAUGGUAUACGUAGUUGGGCUCUUUGAAUUUCCCAAAACCUGCAAAGUUGGAGCGUAUCCAAAUUCAUACAAGAUUAGGAAAUGUUUGAGCCG